CGAGCCCUCUCACACGACAGCAUCUUCAUCCCGGAGGAACCAGCGGCCGAGCCCGGUCUAGAUCACAGCAUGUCCCAGGAAAACGUCUCGGAUAAAGUGAGGAAUCUGCAGAGGCAGAUAGCACAAGGUAUAAAGUUCGGCCAGAGGCCUCCUUCUCUGAGGAAAAGCGAAGGAGAUGAGGGGAGUUCAGAUGAGGAGGAGGUUCCCCGGAGUCCUCUGAAGGUUUUGGCUCAGGUAGAAGCCGAGCCAGCACACACAGAGCCAAAGCAGGUCCAGGGUGCUCAACAAGCCGGACCACACAGCACCCCAGUGAAGUCACCGAGGUCCAGACGAGUUCUUCCGCCUACUGGUACCAUCGAGUCCAUCAAUCUGGACGCUGUCCCACAGUCUGCUCCUCGCUUAGACAACACUGCUGCCAAGCAUAAACUCUCCGUCAAACCCAAAAACCAGAGGGUUUCCCGCAAACACCGGCGGUUUACACAGGACCUCCAAGAGGUGUCUAUUCCCGGUGCGGUGCGAGAGGACCUCGAGGCAGCAGGCGUCUUCACAGACAAGCAGCGCAGAGCAUCUGUUGAGUCCCUGGAAAGCUUCAAGAAGCAAAGACUUCAUGAGGAGGAGAGACAGGAGACGAGGAGGAAGAGGGAGCUGGAGGAGCAGAGGCUCAAACAGGAGGAAGAGGAGAGGAGGAAGAGAGCCGCAGAGGAGCUGAGGCUGCAUGAACUGGAGGAGGAGAGGUGUCGUAAACGGCAGGAGGAGGAAGAACGAAGGCUCAGAGAGGAGGCAGAGAGGAGGAGGAGGGAGGAAGAGGAAAGGAUGCAGCGAGAGGAGGAGGAGCGCAUCCGGAGGGAGGAGGAGGAGGCUGAAAGGAGGAUGCGAGAGGAGCAAGAGUGUCGACGGCGGGAGGAAGAGGAGAGAAGACGACUGGAAGAGCACAGGAGGAAAAAAGAGGAAGAAGAAGCAAGGAGGCAGCAGGAGCUUGAGGCCGAGAGAAAGUGGAAGCUAAGAGAGGAGGAAGAGGAAAGAAAAAAGAAGGAGGAGACGGAGAAGCUGAGGUUGCAGGAGAUUGAAGAAAAGAAAAAAGCAGAAGCAGAGGAGCAGAGGAGGGCUGAGGAACUGCGCUGGAGGGAGAUGGAGGAGCGACAGAGACCUUUCUCUUUCAAAGUUUCCUCUGGAGAAAAGCAGAUUUUGUUCCAGAAGGUCAACUUAACGCCUGUUACGCCGGCAUCCAGCCACCAGAACGCUGCCGUAGCUGAGCAAAGAGAGAGCGCUAAGGUGUCCUCCUCUGAAGCAGCAGACUCCCCGAACCUGCCAUCGUCUCCAUAUGUCCCCCAUACCGCUAUCUUAGUGACAGGCGCCCAGCUCUGUGGGACGGCCGUCAAUUUAGACCAGAUCAAAGACACCGCCUGCAAGUCUCUGCUGGGUUUGGGGGAGGAUAGAAAAGCCCAGGGAACGCCGCCAACCAAGAGUAAGACUUCACCGGACCGCAAGUCUGGCAAAACCAAAUCCCUCAACGAUUCGGCACUCUCUACAGACCAGUCUGUCCUGGCAGAAUGGGCGAGCAUCAGAUCAAAGAUAUUCAAGGGAGUCGAGGAGGGGAAGUACGACGAGUAUCCUGACCCGAGUAAGACCCAGCUUCAGCCCAGCACCGAGGAGCCGCCUGCGUUUUCCCACACCAACCUCAGGAAGACCAUGUCUGCCAGCGCCAAGUUCUCCAUCACCCCCGCGAAGAAGAAGUUCGGAGACUCAAACCGUAAUUCUGAGGUUUUUGGUGCAGAUGAUAAGGAAGCAGAAGAGGAAGCGACUCAGUCUGAUAGUCCAACUGCAGCCUCCCCAGCUUCAACUAGUAAACCUCAAAACAGGACGAGUAAAGCCGUCCGCAUCGUAGAAAGAGGGUCGGAGGAGUGUAUGUUUGCCAAAGACCUCCCCUCUUUUCUGGUUCCAAGCCCCGGAGCCAAAUCUGAAGGGCUGGAGUUGAAGAGCAGGGCGCAGAGCGAGACAGUGGCGCCUGAAAGUCGAGAGGAGGAAGAGGACCGAGGCCAGGACGUCGAGGACAAGCCCUCACCUUUUGGAAUAAAGCUGAGGAGGACCAACUACUCCCUCCGCUUUCACAGCGAGCAGUCCACUGAGAAAAGGAAGAAGCGAUACAGCGCCGGGGACAGCUUUGACGGUGUCCCUUCGCCUCUCACCCCCAUCGAGCCAGACUCUGACACUUCCUCUGUCUUUUCUGACAAAUCUGCGAGUCCCACAUCGCCUCAGAGAGAGGGCGCGGUGGGCAAGUACUUGCAUGCAGCUGCCUCCCCUGCUGUCCCUCGGGCUAAACCGGUUAAGUCUGCCAGCCCAACCACACACAGCGAAGGUGAGAAGGUGCUUUCAAAGCCGCCAGUCUACCGAAGACCAACCACGUCCCCCAAACCAAGUGUCCCCACACCGCCACCAUCGCCACUACCUAAAGUGAUUCACGGGCCUCCUAGUGACGCUGUGAGGACAGGAGCAGCAGAGUCAUCGAGCCAGGAGCAAACGCACAGGAGCGAAGAACCUUCAGCCGUGGCCCCGUUACACCGGAGCAGCCAAGGCCAGGUCCAAGGAGAGGAGGAGCCGAAGGAGAAGAGAUCCUUCUUCCCGUCCAUCAACAUCCCCUGGAGAGAGAAAGCAGACAGGAAGACAGAGCUCAUCAAGAGAGAAAAACCCUCACUACAGAGCAGGCACUCCCUGGACAGUGCGAGGGUCCAGGAGAAGGAGGCUGGGCCCUUAUGGAUCACACUGGCUCUGCAGAAGCAGAAGGGCUUCAGGGAGCAGCAGCAGAACCGAGAGGACCGCCGGAGCCACAGAGAGGCCAAACUGGCUGAAAAACAAGCUAGAGAGAGAGACAGUGCUACGCUGGUGAGCCCCACAGAGAGCAAAGGAAGUGGGAGCUCCAGUCCCUCUUCUAAACCUCAGACACCAGAAGAGCCCAAGAGACCCGACAGCCUCCUGGGACGGUUUGAGCGCAGAGAACACCUGAAAAAAUCCAACACUUUACCCAGCUCCGUCACCGUCGAGAUUGCAGACUCUACACCGUCGCCACCUGCUGUCAAGGAGGUGUCAAAGCGUUUCCCCUCCAGUGACUCUCCGCAGGUGUCCACAGAGCCAGCCUGGCUGGCACUGGCCAAGCGAAAGGCCAAAGCCUGGAGCGACUGUCCUCAGAUCAUCAAAUAACCCCCCACCCCAGCUUCACUCUGGGCUCUGCUGGCCUGCAUCGAGACUGCACACUGCCCAUGGACUCUAAAGCAACCUGGAGAGUCACCCAUCCCCCGCCCCCGCCCUCCAUGAAAACCCUCCUGACUGUGAAACAAGUAAAGCCCUCCAUCACCACACCCCCCCACACACACACACUGGCUGGUACUAUUAUCAUGUUAAAGUGCGCUUCACAUUCAAAUAUUCCAAUACAAUCGCACAGAUAUAUGUAAACAAUUGCGCGCAUGCACAUACUGUAUACAAACACAAAAAGUAUAACGUUGCAGUCCGGGGCGGCAGCCAAUCACAACCAUGGCUGGCCAUUGCAAUAGCCAACCCCAAUUUUUUUUUUUAUUUUGUAGCCAACUGCGUCACCAUGGUUGUAAAUAAAUCAUUCGCUCAUCACAACAAAAGUUCGUAGAGAGGUGAAGCUCUGACAUGUGACAGUGUUUAAUCAACAGAGGGUAACUGUCUGAAUCGUGUUUUAAGGGCUACCAGUAACAAUAACUCGACAUGACCCUGUUGAAUCUGACGGAAGUGUUACAGGUAUUAUUUAUGUAAAGAAACGAUACUGUAUCUCCUCUCUGAGCCUUGUUUGUCAUGAACAAUUUUUUUUUUUUUUUUUUUUACUCAUACUCGAAACCUUAGCAUAACAAUUCUCACUGUGUCCGUGACGACUGUGAUAGCUGUCAAAAAGGCUAUUGUACAAUUUUUUGCCAUUUUAAAGUAACCUGUCAUAAUCACACGGUGGGUGCACCUAAACACAGCACUGAAGACCACAAGUGUUAAUGGGCAUUGACGUGACUUGGAUUUUUUUUUUUUUUGCUAAUGGAGACAGACACCUGCUUGCUGUAACAUACAAUUCUUGUAGCCGUCCUCCCGUAACACACUUGUGUUUGCAGGCUUACGCCAUCACUUCCUCGUAAAUGUGAUAUUAUCUUAGCAUUUCCUCUGUGAAAGGGAAAAAAAAACUCCAGCAUUCUCAUUUCCUGCCGCUCAUUCACUGAUCUGUAUGUAUGUAAGUAUGUACUGUACGGAAGGCGUCAGAAAGAGUCACUUUG